UUUUGAAGGUCUCGCGAGAGCAAAUCAGUCGGGCUCUCCAUAGUUAGGAGUUCUCUCGCGAUAAAUACAGCAAGAUUUCAGCUGUGGGGGAGGGAUAAAGUGAAUGUGUAUUCUCGCGGUAUUUGAAGGCACGGCGGCGGAGGCCAGACGGAUAAGGUGAGGACCGGAAGUCCUUCGUCUUGAGCGUCCAAUGCUGGAAGCGGCCUGACUUUACCGGAAACUCCUUUUCCAGGGGAUAGGAAGGCGGCCCACCUGGCCGGAAGUCCCUCCUCCUGGGGCUCCCCCACCCUUACAGAAGUUUUUCUGUCACCUGUGUUUGCCUACGGUCUAUUUCCCCGUUUUAUCCCUAUACCAGAAAAGGACACAUUUAGUGUCUCCUUCCCAGCUGUACUAAAGGGGUUGGAUCUCUCACUCCCCGAGUCUGGAUUCCUUCCCUGGCGCCCCCAUGUAGCUGAGAAGUGGGACCUGGGGGUGGCUGGACCCCUAGGAUCCUGAAGGAGGGUCUGGGAGGGUGCAGAACUCCGCUUCUGCUCCUUCUAUCUGGACGCGACCUCCUCAGCCCUUCCCCUUCUGUUGCCAUGCACUCUGCGGCUUUCCCGCUUCCUGUGGUUGUGGCCACUGUGCUGUGGGGAGCGGCCCCCAUUCGGGGGCUCAUUCGAGCGACCUCGGAGCACAAUGCCAGCAUGGACUUUGCAGAUCUCCCAGCUCUGUUUGGGGCUGCCUUGAGCCAGGAAGGACUUCAGGUCCUAAAUGCUCAGAAGGCUGGGUAUGGUGCAGCUGUGGUUCACAACGUGAAUUCCAAUGAACUACUGAACAUGGUGUGGAAUAGUGAGGAAAUUCAGCAGCAGAUCUGGAUCCCGUCUGUGUUUAUUGGAGAGAGAAGCGCGGAGUACCUGCGUGCCCUCUUUGUCUACGAAAAGGGGGCUCGGGUGCUUCUGGUUCCAGACAAUAGCUUCCCCUUGGGCUAUUACCUCAUUCCUUUCACUGGGAUUGUAGGACUGUUGGUUUUGGCCAUGGGGACAGUGAUGAUAGUUCGUUGUAUCCAACACCGGAAACGGCUCCAGCGGAAUCGACUUACCAAAGAGCAAUUGAAACAGAUUCCUACCCAUGACUAUCAAAAGGGAGAUCAGUAUGAUGUCUGUGCCAUCUGCCUGGAUGAAUAUGAGGAUGGGGACAAACUGCGGGUACUCCCAUGUGCUCAUGCCUAUCACAGCCGCUGUGUGGACCCCUGGCUCACUCAGACCAGGAAGACCUGCCCCAUCUGCAAGCAGCCCGUUCAUCGAGGUCCUGGAGACGAAGAGCAGGAGGAAGAAACUCGGGGCCAAGAGAAUGGUGAUGAGGAAGGAGAGCCAAGAGACCACCCUGCCUCAGAACGAACCCCACUCCUGGGGCCCAGCCCCAUUCUUCCCACCUCUUUCGGCUCCCUAGCCCCUGCACCCCUUGUUUUUCCUGGGACAUCAACAGAUCCCCCGUCCUCUCCUUCCUUCUCUUCCUCAUCUGCCAUCCUAGCCUAAUACUCCCUGACCCUCUACAACCUCUGGUGACCUAUUUGCACAGGCCCUCUUCCUCCGGUCUUUAAAUUGAGAGGGGACAUUUCCAUUUCAAGUUUCUCCCAUACCCAGCUGUAUCCCUUUGAGGGGAUUGGGACGGGGUGAAGGGACUAGGUUUUCACUUCUUGGGUUAAUAAAAAUUGGUCUUGUGGACUAAGAAAGGGUAAGGUCAUUUCUGCUUGUGGUUUAAGAAGAAAAAUAUGGUCAUUUACUUUUCAUAGGUGAAUUUUGUAUCCUAGAAAAUCACCUUUCUGUCUUAAAGGGACAAGGGAGCCUGGCAGAUACUAAGCUACAGUCAUGGGGACAGCCCCAGCAGCAUUUGCUGUGACUCAGAAGGGGGGAGCCCCACCUACAUGAGGAUGACUCAAGCUGGCCCUGCCUUGCCCGCAGGCUUGGACCCAUUCUCUCGUUUGGAUGGCUGUAUUCCAUUACCUACCAAUUCAACAAGCAAACUUGAGGACCUAGGCCUUGAACCUAACACUGGAGGGGAUAGGCCACUUGAAAAAUGGAAGGAGCAAGAAGGGUCUGGUUUGGACAUGGAGACAGUAAGUUCAAAUACCUGAACUCUAGUGACUUAUCUCC